AUGAAUGGCACUGACAUGGAGGAAAUACCGUUUCAGAAAGUCAAAACCAGGCGGAAGAGAAGUCACUGUCCACCGGGCGUCCCUCUGACCACCAUUGUGUGCGAGGACGAGUUCGACUGCAAGGAGCUCGAGUCCCUCUUCCAGAACUACAACCUGAAGCUGGAGCAGACCUCCACCUUAAAAGCCCUGGCCGUGCUCAUCUUCAUGUCCUCCACACUGGCCGUGGUGGAGUUGCUGUCCGGCCCCAGCCUCACCAUCUCCAAGGGGUCCCAUCCGGUGCACUGUGUCAUCUUCGUGUCCCUCUUCAUCGUAACCAACGUGAAGUACCUGCAGGUGACUCAGCUCCAGCAGAUCGUCAACCUGACGCUGCUCUUCGGCUUCACCUUCUCUUUCCUCUGCUGCCCUUUCUCGCUGGGUGCGAUGGGGAUGGAGCCGCCGGAGUCCCCGGAGCAGGGCAUGUGGCAGCUCAUCCUGGUCACCUUCGUCGCCUAUGCGCUCCUACCUGUGCGGACUCUGCUGGCUGUGCUGCUGGGAAUAAUGGUGUCCAUCUCGCACUUGAUUGUGACUGCUACUUCUGUCACAGUGAAGACACAGAAACUAUGGAGAACGUUGGUUGCCAACACAGUGCUGUUCACCAGUGUCAACCUGUCAGGCCUGUUUGUGCGCAUCCUGACAGAAAGAGCCCAGAGGAAGGCCUUCCUGCAGGCGCGCAACUGCAUCGAAGAGAGACUGCGCAUGGAGGACGAGAACGAGAAACAGGAGCGCCUGCUAAUGAGUCUGUUGCCCAGGAACGUAGCUAUGGAGAUGAAAGAGGAUUUCCUGAAGCCCCCAGAAAGGAUCUUUCACAAAAUCUACAUCCAGCGCCAUGACAAUGUCAGCAUCCUGUUUGCAGACAUUGUGGGUUUCACCAGCCUUGCCUCGCAGUGCACAGCGCAGGAGCUGGUUAAACUGCUAAAUGAGCUGUUUGGAAAGUUUGAUGAGCUUGCCACGGAGAACCACUGUCGCAGGAUAAAGAUCCUGGGUGAUUGUUACUACUGUGUGUCUGGACUGACCCAACCCAAGACUGACCAUGCCCACUGCUGUGUAGAGAUGGGUCUGGACAUGAUUGACACCAUAACGUCAGUAGCCGAGGCCACAGAAGUCAACCUGAACAUGCGCGUGGGCUUACACACAGGUCGGGUGCUGUGUGGAGUGCUGGGCCUCAGGAAAUGGCAGUAUGAUGUGUGGUCCAAUGAUGUGACCUUAGAUGUGAUGGAGGCUGGAGGACUCCCAGGGAAAGUCCACAUCACCAGAUCUACUCUGGAGUGCCUAAAUGGAGAUUACGAGGUGGAGCCUGGAAAUGGCCAUGAAAGGAACGCCUUCCUCCAGAAACAUGAAAUUGAAACCUUCUUUAUAGUGCCAUCUCACCGACGGAAGAUAUUCCCAGGAUUGAUUCUUUCGGAUAUAAAGCCCGCCAAAAAGAUGAAGUUCAAAACUGUGUGCUACUUACUAGUGCAGCUUAUGCACUGCAGGAAGAUGUUCAAGGCUGAGAUUCCCUUCUCCAAUGUCAUGAACUGCGAGGACGGUGAUAAGCGGAGAGCCAUGCGAACAGCUCCACAGAAGCUGAGGAACCGCACCAACGCAAACCAGGCGAACGUGAUCCAGAGCAGCCCAAGAACUCGCGUCAACCGCUAUAUCGGCCGGCUGAUCGAGGCACGGCAGACCGAGUCAGACACUGCAGACCUCAACUUCCUCACACUCAUGUAUAAGUGCUCUGAGCGUGAGCAGAGGUACCACCAGGUUCCUGAUGAGUACUUCACCAGCGCAGUGGUCCUCUCUCUGAUCCUAGCUGCCUUGUUUGGCCUUGUCUAUCUUCUCAUUAUACCACAGGGCACAGUGGUACUAGUUCUUCUCGUCUUCUGCAUCUGUUUCCUUGUAGCUUGUAUCAUGUACCUGCAUAUAACUAGAGUACAGUGUUUUCCAGGGUGCCUGACUAUUCAGAUUCGCACUGCUCUCUGCAUUCUCAUAGUGCUCUUAAUCUACGCUGUGGCCCAGGCCUGUGUGGUGGGCUGUAUGCCCUGGCUGUGGGGUAGAGCCAACACCAACAGUUCCAUCAUCAUCAUUGAUGUGGACGGUGGUGCCAACCAAACCAUGGCAGAGCUGCCUUGUGACGGUGCCCGAUACGCCUUUCUGUCCUGUGUGGUGGGCACGCUCACCCUGGCGCUUUUCCUGCGGGUCUCCUGGCUGCCAAAGAUGGCGCUAAUGCUGCUUCUGGGGGUGCUGUACAUCACCGUGUUGGAACUCAGCGGCUUUCGCAAGACUGCAGGUGGGGGGUCCCUCCACAUCUGGGGCUAUGAGCCCAUCCUGUCUCUGUUGCUCUUUGUCAGUGCGCUGGCCCUCCACUCCAGGCAACUUGACCUCAAACUACGCCUGGACUUUCUUUGGGCUGUGCAGGCCGAAGAAGAACGAGACGGCAUGGAGAAAGUCAAGCUGGACAACAGGAGGAUUCUUUUUAAUCUUCUGCCCGCACACGUGGCUCAGCACUUCCUGUUGUCAAACCCCAGGAACAUGGAUCUGUACUAUCAGUCGUACGCUCAGGUUGGUGUCCUGUUUGCAUCCAUCCCAAACUUCAAUGAUUUCUACAUUGAGCUCGAUGGCAACAACAUGGGAGUGGAGUGCCUGAGACUUCUGAAUGAGAUCAUCGCUGACUUUGAUGAGCUUAUGGAUAAGGAGUGCUACAGGGACAUAGAGAAGAUCAAAACCAUUGGCAGCACAUACAUGGCAGCUGUGGGCCUCGUCCCUACCAUUGGCACCAAGGCAAAAAAAUCUGUUUACGACCAUCUGAGCACGAUAGCAGACUACGCAAUCGAGAUGUUUGACGUAUUGGACGAAAUCAACUAUCAGUCAUACAAUGAGUUUGUUUUGAGAGUGGGGAUCAAUGUGGGUCCAGUGGUUGCAGGGGUGAUUGGAGCACGGCGACCUCAAUAUGACAUCUGGGGGAAUACAGUCAAUGUGGCAAGUAGGAUGGACAGCACAGGAGUACCAGGGAAGAUACAGGUGACUGAGGAGGUCUAUCGCCUGCUUAAUAACAACUACGACCUGGUGUGUCGAGGCAAAGUCAGUGUGAAGGGUAAAGGCGAGAUGCUGACCUACUUCCUGGAGGGGAAGGUUCAAGGCGUGGGUACCGUUACCACUUCCUCUGUGGUGCGAUCGGCCAGCCUGGCGCGGCGGAUUCACUCCUGUGGCAAGACAAGCGUACCGACCAAAUUGGGGAGCGUCUCUUCUGCUGCCAGCCUGGCUGCUUAUGCCAGCAUGAGCAGCAACUUGCAGAUGAACACUGCCAACAGCAGCAACAGCCAAGCAACAUGCCUGCCUUCAUCCUGCGUGCCCGCAGUGGGUGAAGAGGACGAGGAAGAGGACGUAGAGGUGACAGGGAUUGAGAUUGAGAACGUGGCAGCGGUUGCAGAUGUUUCAGUGUAGGAAAAAGGACAGGAACUUUGUUGAAACAAUUAAAGAAAUCCCUGGUCCAAGGCUGAAAGAAGACAGGGCUGUCCAGGUAAUUCCUUUUAAUCCUUAGCAUCUGGUACAAACCAGAAUAUGCUCAGCCAGGAUACUAACAUCCUGAAAAAUAACACGAUGAUGCAGACAAUCAAACUUGCUUUAAGGAAUAUUUACUAUGAGAAAAGGAGUGAAGAAGAAAGACACGCAGAAUCUGAAAUCAUCUUAAACAACCCUAUACGAGACAAUAAGGUUUGUGGUGUUCCUGGGUUCCCUCAGAUCCAGGUCUACAGUAACGUGCAUCUUUGUUUUAUACAUAUAAAGUACAUAUUCCAUGUACAAGGGAUAUGUGCAUUAUUAUACAGAAAAAGACUGAUCUUGCUAUUGCUUUUGCACUGUCUUUCUGAAUAUGCCAAGGAUACAUUGCAUUAUUUACAGUACAAAAUGGUGUUGUUUUAUUUUAUUGGUGUAUGUAAGCAUGCAUGCGUGUAUUUGUGAGUGUGUGUAUGCAUGUGUGAUUAUUUCUGAAUUGUAACGAAACAGCACAAAAUACUUCUUUUUUUUUUUAAUACUCGGAGCUCACAGGAUGAAACAGGCUUUUUUGAGAUAUAUUUACAGUUAAUAGUGCAUGACUUUUUAAGAGUUGACAGCCAUAGUAACGGUACUCCUGUUGAAAGAAAACCAAAGUAUUGAGCUUUCCAUAGAUCUUUAGUUUGACAGCUUUUAUUACCUCACCAAACAACAGAGAGAGGAGAAAAUAUUGCAGUGUGUUGAACACACUUGGUAGGUCGGAUGUUACGGAUAGACUUAAGGUGACUUUUUAAGACCACAGAGACUGAACAGGGUUUCCUGGGUACCCAUUAUUCAAAAAAGUUCAAUGUAAUGAAGCCUAAAACCACAGACAGUAAUGGCUUUGAUGCUGAGUUGGCAGUAAAAAGAGGGUAAAAGAAGCAGAGAAAGGUAUAUGAACCUAAAGUGUAAUUCUACCAAGCAGCAGUGCUGCUAUGGAACUGGUUAAUGCCAAAACUGGACUAGUGACAAAGAAUGAUCAACAUCAUAUAAAGGACCAAACACUCUUAAGUAUGGCGCAUACAUACACGAGGACAUCCAGGAAAUUAUACAACAACACAGUGGAAAGCACAUACAGGACUUAGUCACAUACAAUAAGCACACAGCUUCUUCAAAAUGCACGACGUAGUCCUGUAGCCAACGCCUUUUAAACGCUCCAUGUACUUUGACACAUCUCUGGAGGCUACAGAAGCUUCGGUGCAUUGUCUUGGCUACUGUUUCUUUCCUCCAUUGAUCUACUUCAGUGUUUUUGCUAACUUGAAGCUUCUUUUCUCCAAAAAUGUAAGCUAUAGCACGUCUCUUUCCUCAGAUACAGUCUCAGAAAUAUGGGGCGAUCCAGAUAUCUUUAUUAUAGCCUAUAUCUUUAUCAUUGUAGAACUUUCACUUUAUCUGCUGAAGUGUAAAUUUAUCAUGUUUUUGCCUUACUAAAUAAGCUUACAGUGAUUGCAACCUGCCUUUUUAGAUAUACUCACUUUGAUAUGCAGAUCAAACCUUUUUGUAAAUAGCCAAAAGCGGCAAACUGUUGUAUCUUGUACAGUGUAAAGUUGGGUUAUUUGAAUAUUUUGUAAUAAAUACAAUAUUGGUGUAU